CCGUGUGAAGACCGUGUCAGUGGAUGAGUGUGCUCUGUUCUGUCGCUCUCCACAUUUGGAAGCCUUUCGAAGUCAGUCAGGAUGCUGUCAGGGAAAACGAUCAAACUUGUCCUUUUCGAGGUUGUCCAGUUCGCAUGCCUCAGUGUGCCUCUGUUCGUGAUCAUGGAGCGCUUUGCCUCCCUGAUGCGCCACGUCCGAGGAGGUGACCUGACGGCAUAUUGGCUGGUGGUGGCUGCCUCGAUUGCCUAUGUGACUACAGUGUCCUUACUGGUAUGGGUGCCUCUGAAAUACUUUAUUCUGACGUCCAGGAGAUUCAUCUCUGAAAUAACAGCUUGGAGACCAAUAACACUGGCUUACGUGAUUGUGUGUCCAUUGCCAUGCUUUGGCAUUCUCCUGGCUGGCAGCAAGGUGCAAGUAGAUGGUGGUCACCGUUUGGAUCGUUUCACAGAGUUGGCUGUGUCCUUGGUAUUACUAUCUCUGAUCAUUUUGGACGUUGUCGAAAGAAUCCGGCCUCUCCGCCUCACUGGUCAAGCUGAGGGUCUGGAGCUUGACUUCGAGCUGCCCACACCCGUCCUCACACACCUGGAGCAGGUGACCACGGUGUCGUCCCAGGUCGGCGCCGAGCGAGGCCAGAACGGCUCGGCACAUCAGACAGAGUCAGGGAACGUCUCAUCAGGGAGUCACUGGAGGGACAACGAGGGCUACAGCUCACGGGCCACCAGGAGGUCCUACCUGUACUCCUCGUCUAGCUCUUCUCGCUUCUUCUCGGGACGCCUGCGCUCCAUAUGCGUCAGAGAACCGAGGGUGGACGCACUGGUGGAGAGCUUCCUCUUCUGGAUGGACACCACAGAGAUGGUCCGGGCGGCAGAGGUUUCCACCGUGUAUUACACAAACUGGGUCUUUCCCAUCUAUAUACUGGCCUAUCUCUCCACACUGCGGCUAGUCCUCACCCCCAGUAGCCCACUGCUGCCGUUUUUAGGGGUCGUCCUGCAGGACCUGCCCUUCCUGGUCAUCAGGCUAUGCCUGGUUGGUGUGUUUGGCUAUGUCACACCCCUGUUGUAUAUCAUGAAGAACCUAUUUGUGUGCCUAACUUAUGUUUAUUUCAUCUUCAUGACCAAGCUUAAGGUCUUCAACAGGACAAGCAUGUUUUGAGCACUAUGGACACACUGUAUGACAUUAACAAUCUUUGGAUUGUCGAAUAUUCUGUAAGUGUGUGUGUGUGGGGGGGAUGUGCUUACUGAUACCUAUACCUAUACAUGCUCCAUUGGGACGUAAUUAUGGGGCGUGUUUCAACUGAUACGGGGGGGAAUGCCUCUGCACUCAAUUGGA